AUGAAACUCUCUACUACCGCCCUUCUGCUUGCGGGUCCGCUCUCUGUCUCCGCUGCCGCUAUCUCCUCAAUCCUUGACUACUCUCAGUCACCGCUUGGGGUUGAACCCACCAACGAACUCCCCGUCAACGGAGAGAACCCUCUUGUCUUCUGCGAAGACCCGACCAAAAACAUCCUCCAGAUCGAGAAAGUCGAUAUCUCACCAAAUCCUCCCAAACCUGGCCAAGUCCUUACUGUCACAGCCAGCGGGACCCUUGGUCAAAAGAUUGAGAAGGGUGCUUACGUGAAUUUGGAGGUCAAAUAUGGCCUCAUCACUUUGGUCAAGCAGACUGCCGACCUCUGCGACCAAGUCACCAACGUUGACCUAAAAUGUCCUCUGAAUGCUGGAAAGUUGACUUUAACAAAGCAAGUCAAGCUACCGCAGCAGAUUCCUCCUGGAAAAUACUCUGUGCUUGCUGAUGUCUAUACCCUCAACGAUGAGCGUGUGACAUGUCUCCGUGGAAAGGAUAUCCCCCUUAACAUGCCCGGACAAUAG